AUGGAUCUUGCGUGGUUGACUGAGGCUGGAGAAGUUUCCGCUUCCAUCUGGAGGUGGAUCUUCUCCAUCCUAAUCACCACGUACAGCCUCAUGUACGACUUCGUCGAACCCUUCACGGAAUCCGUGUGGAUGGGCGAGAUCGUAGGAGCUUCCGGUUCCUUUUGGGACUGGAUCUCCUAUCUCCUCACCACCGGUGACCAAGCUUUCCGCGCCUUCUUCAACAUGGAGUUGGCACCGUUUACCCCGCUCAAUUGCGCACUCGUUCUUGCUGUUCGUCUACUCUGUAUCGCCGCGACUAAACGCCUUGAGGUGUAUAGUCUGAGAUGGAAGGACGACGGCAAAGAUGAUCCCUUGUUUCUCCGCGUCGACGUGGAUGAUGUCUCGGGCGUCUACAAGAUCGAGCGAAAGCCCAGGAUUCCUGGUACCUGGCCAGAGGUGUCCUCUCCGACACCCCCCUCGCCACCGAAUCAGGCGGUGAGCGACCCCAAACCUGCUCCUCAGACCGAGAUAGAAGCCCUAAAGGCCAAGCAAGAGGAAGAGAAAUGCGAGAUGUGGGCGAUUUACAUUGCGGCAAUCGAGCAGAGAAAGGCAGAGAACUCUCGCCUGAAGGCACGUCUCGCCAAAGAGCGUCCCCGUCCCACAUUCGUCAUCGACAAGACCAAGAACCUACCCGAAGUGAUCCAAAAGAGACUUGGUGGCGUUGAAGGAUUCGUCCACCACCCCCAGCCGGUCAGCAAGCAAGACUUUAGCCUCCGUGAGUCUAUCGACGUUCGCCGCGAGAUUGUUUCUAGCAACCAAGCGUUGGCAGCCAGCAACCACGCUUUGGCAGCCAGCAACGAGUCUCUCGCCUCAAGCAACCAGGUGUUGGCUUCGAAGAUUGAAGCGUACGGCAAGGUUCAGCAGGACCUCGUCUCACAGCAAUUCAUGGCAAACUUCAACCUGAUCCAGACCUACCGCGGAAAGAGCACGAUGCGACCAGUUUCUGAGUUUUUCGAUGUCGACAAGAGCACCAGCCAAGCAAGCGUCCCAAGCCAGACGUCGAACGCCCAUGUUCAUGUUGCAGAUGUCGCCCAGACGCCGAGCAAGAUGAUUCAAGUCACAAAGUCAACACAGACUUCGGAUCGCACCCGUCUCUCGUUCUCGCCCAUUACUGUCUCACCUAUGUCGAUGGCUCCGGUCAUGCCCUCGCCGGCUAACUUCAAGACGGUCCAAUUCAUUGAGCCAACGCAGAACUUGAGUCCUGAGCCUUUGUCUUUAGCAUCGCUAGUCACCUCCUCAUCAACCCCACCGGUACCGACCUUGCGAGUCGAGCCGAAGAAGACCGACAGCGCCAAGGCCGAGCUUGACUUGACUGCUACGAAGGUGAAUGCUCCGCCUGCAAGCCCAAUGCCAUCGCCAAGUACUCUUGCUGCCUUGGAGAAGAUUAUUACCCUUCCCGACUCUCCGGUAUUCUCGCACAGUACCCUUGGCGAGAAGGACUCCUCAGUUCAUGCCUCCCCGAAUCUGAGCUUGCCAUCCAAGACGACUGAGAAGAUGCCCUCACUUGGCACAUCUACCGCAGAACUCAGUGCAGCUGCUGUCAUCGCUAUUCAGCCCCAGCCUAAGAUCGCUGAAAAGUUGCCCUCGCUCAUUGGAGAGCUCUCUUCAGACAACAUGUUCGUGGUUCAGGCCAAGCGACUCAAGAAUGGAGAUAAGACAUCCUCGCUUGGUACCUCUCCUAGAGUUGGCAAUAUAUUCGAGGCCCACAUCAAGACCGCCAUCGUCAAGCCCACGGUCGUUCUGCCGCUUUCAGAAGUUCCUGUUCUACCGGCGCCGAUCCCCGAUGAAGAACCUGCGCCGAGCACCCUGACUCCUCUGAUUUCCCAGUCACCUCUUGCCGCUGUCUCUGUCAAUUCCUCAGCCAAGACCAACGAAGCUCCCAAGACCGAGAAACUCCAUGAGCCAGUUCCUGGAGCACAGUCAAUCCUGGUGACUUCUCAAGCCCCGAAGGCAGCUGCCGUGGCCGUGAUUGCAACUCCUGUCGUUAUACCUGGUCUGCCCGACAGCGACAUGGACUGGGAGAUAGACGCUCAGCAGAAGUCCCAAAUCGCCGAACCGGAGUUUGACGAGGAGAACGAAAAAAUGGACGAGGAUUCUCCUCUGAAGCUUUUCUCGCAAUCCGACUUUGAAGAUGGCUCUGUUUCGGGCUCUGACUCUGCACCUCCUACGCCCUCACCUGCUCCUCGUCCGAAUGGGCCUCAGCCGCAGCAGGUACUGGACGAACCUAUUUUCGAUGCACCCCAGGUCCGCCCUAACCGCGAGCUUGAGAUGGACGAAGCCACCGUGCCUUCGGUAGACCGUCCCAACGCCCAGUUUCGACCUGCUCCUGAGGCUGAAAUGAUAGACGUCCCCGGCCCCGCAAGCUCUGAGUCCCAGUUAAGAGAAGUCCCAGAGAACAAGGAAAGGGAGUGGUCCUCGCCCCCGGUGUCCCCUUCGGUAACCCAGCUUGGUCCUCCUCCCGACUUCGUUGAGGUCGAAAAGGUCCCCGUCCCCGUCAGCCCUGAGCCGGGUUUGGAAAAGUCGCGGGAGAACGUCGAGGAAGAGAGAUCUUCCUCUUCGGUAUCUCUUCCAGCCCAGGCCACUUCUACUGCAGAGGUUGUGGAGGUCGACAAGGUCACCGUUGCCGCAGCUCCUGAGCCACAGGUGCCAAAGAAGCCCAUAAGAAUCAAGUUCGUCAAGAAGGCCGCGAAUCCGCUGAUGACCCCGGUUCGGCCGAAGAAAAAGACGGCAGCGAUAGGGCCUGAUACUUCUCCCAGACCCGAUGCAGACAGUCCUGACGCCUUGAUUGUCCAGGCCCCUGACAACUGGAAGUCUACCGCAAAGGCGGACACUGGGUCGAAGCUCGUACUGCUACCAGUGAGCUCGCUCAAGUCAGUCUCCCAGCCAAGAACGGACCUUCCACUAGAUAUUGCCGGAUCUCGCAAGCCGAGCCCGCUGUCAAAGACAAUCAUCGAGGCCGAGCCAGACGUUACCGGAAAGCCUGAGGAUAGAUCGCCGUCUCCCAUCGUCACUCGUACGCCUGAGCCCCCUGCGAAAUCUCAAAACGAGACAACGACAACGACGACAACCACCGAGCCAGAGUCUAAAGUACCCGGAGAGCCCAAGGACAGUUCGUCCUCUCCCACAAUCCCUCAGACGCCUGUGCCUGGAACUGGCCUCCUCGCAACGCCUUCGACGAUUCCUGGUCUCUCAUGGCCAGCGCCGCCCUCGCCAAUGCCCUCGGCGACGCCACAGACCCUCGUCCUUCGAGACCUGUCUCCAGAGCCCAAGAAGGUGGAACCCGAGUCAGACGACGACUCAGACAGCGAGGUAGAGUUCCUAGGAAUUGACGAGUACAGCCCGCCGCGCAAGGUCAUGCCACUGCGUCGCCGUCGUUUGGCAUUAGCUCUGGGGCCGGCUCCUACUCCCGAGGCCUCAACCUCCGAGGCUCCUCCCUCCCGAUCGUCAACACCAGAGUCCGAGGUCUCAUCGGAACUCCCUUCAGACUCGGACGACGACCAGGCAAUGUCUGAGGACGAAGAACCUGCCCCUCGGAAAAUCGCCCCGUUGCGUCGGCGUAGAUUGGGAGACGAGGAAACGCAACGCGCUCAGGCACAAGAGCACGAGUUCCGCAAGAAGAAGCUCCAGGAGGAACAAAAAGAGUUGGACGAGAAGGAAGCGAAGUCCCGGCUUCUGCCGCCACUUCCCAUGGUGCCAGCCCCUUUCGUCGUUCGAACUACGCCUUUGAAGUUCAAUCCCUUGCCUGCGCCCAAUUCUUCGUCCGAGCCUAGUCCUGCGUCGAAGCUCAGUCCUGCAUUGCUUGCCGUCGCUCCUUCGCUUGCUGGGCUCGUGGUAGUGAUUGGAUCCCCAGAGGUGGAGGACGAGCUGAAGAAAUCUCUGGAACCGUUAUGGGACCUCAUCGAUUCUGACCAGUUGAAGAUGUACGGACCCAAAAGCCUCACGCAGCUGGCUAUCAGAAGAUGGGGCGAGCUCAUGGAACACAAGCGGUACAACAGGGGACAGAGCAUCUUCCGGAGUAUUUUCGAUGAUCUCAUUGACAAAUGGGCCGAGUUGGUUGUGACGGAAACUUUCGUCGCUCACCUCAUUGUACUUAAUGAUGACGAAUCACAAGCUGAGAUUAUGGACCCAUGGCUUCAGAAGAUCAGAGAAGCCCGGAAGAAAUGA